UCGGUUUGGAUCGGACGCACUCCAGAAUGGGAACAUCGAAUUUAGUGAUCGUUUUAUUAAUCGCUCUAAUCAGCUGCCUUUCGGUUACUUCCGGGAGCAGCAUCUUGUUUCUGGCCCCAUUCAACGGACCCAGUCAUUGGUUAAUGUUGAAGCAAAUCAUCCGAGAGCUGGCUAGCCGGGGUCACGAAAUCACCUGUAUCACUGGCAUCAAAUUCGGCGAGAAGCUACCAAAUUACAAUGAAGUUUUCAUCGAUCCCCCCUACCCAAUGUGGGACAAGUUUCCACUGGCAGCCAUCUACAAUACAAAAGGAUACACCAGCGAUUUCAACAAUUUAUUCCUGUAUUGGCGCCUUGGGCUAGACAACAGUCAAUAUGGAUUGGAAAGUGAAAACGUCCAGCGAUUUCUGAACCGCGAUGACCUGCACUUUGACCUGGUGGUUUCCGAACAAUUCUUCCAGGAGAGUUGGCUGAUGUUUGCCCACAAAUACAACGCUCCGAUCGUCACGAUAAGCACCUAUGGAUACUCGGAUUUCUUUGAUCGCGCCAUGGGACUUCUAACGCCAUGGUCUUCGGUUCCACAUAUGCUACUGGACUACGACGACGGUAUGAACUUCAGCCAACGAAUCUACAAUUGCAUCAUAUCUUCUUUGGACUAUAUAAUCCGUGAAUUCGAUUACCUUCCGAAGCAGAAUGCAUUAGCCAAACAGUACUUCGCUGACCUGGAGCGACAACGUGGACCUUUACCCAGUGUACAAGCGUUACAGAAAAAUAUUUCGCUCAUCCUAGUCAACAGUCAUCCAAUGCUGGCAAAACCACGACCAUCAAUUACGGGUUUGGUAAACGUUGCUGGAGUCCAUAUUCCACCCCCAAAAUCUUUACCGUCUGAGCUUCAACGUUUCAUGGACGAGGCAAAACAUGGCGUUAUCUACUUUUCGCUUGGAGCAUACAUGCAAAGCUCAGAAAUGCCCUUGGAGAAACGAAAUACGAUUCUGAAAGUAUUUUCAAAGCUCAAACAACGCGUUAUUUGGAAGUUUGAAUCCGAAAAAAUCGGAACGAUACCCUCAAACAUUCUCAUACAAAAAUGGGCGCCUCAGAGUGACGUAUUGGCCCAUAAAAACGUGAUCCUAUUUAUUUCACACGGAGGCCAAUUCGGAACGUUCGAAGCAAUGCAUCACGGAGUGCCCACCUUGUUUAUGCCGUUUUUCGGGGAUCAGCACCGCAAUGCGAAUCGUGCUAUCCGAUCUGGUUUCGCCAUGAAGCAUCUGUUCCAGGACAUCACGGAAGAAUCAUUCGGAGCGCUAAUCGAAGAAAUGGUUGAUAACAAAAAAUACCUUGAAACGGCAAGGGCGAUUUCGACUCUGUUCCGUGAUCGACAAAACCAUCCGAUGAACGAGACAAUGUUUUGGAUUGAAUAUGUGCUGCGACAUAGAGGUGCUGCACAUUUGAAAUCAAAAGCCGUCAAUCUGUCGAUUGCUCAAUAUCUGCUGCUUGACAUCAUAGGGGCAUUAGUGUUUGGUUUACUAGUUACGAUCUUCAUUAUGAAAAGUUGUUGUUGUAAGAAGGGAAGGGCGAAGAAACUAAAGAAUCAAUAAAUAAACAGCUCUCACAAUGAAUUGUAUUGUCUACAAUAAAUGAUUAAUUCACAGGAAAAAUUAUAAUGAUUAUUGAGGUGGUCUAUGCCGAGUGCCGACGAUAUCCUGCUCAUUUCGACCUUCGCUUCGCCAGAAUGGCCCGUAGUAGAUUGCAGAGCGCUGUCAAUUCGGUAGCCGAUAGGGCUCCCACUGUUGAUUUUCACCCAUUAAAUCUUCCCUCCUACGAUUUGGCCCCAACAGAAGAAAGCUUGGCAAACGAACACCCACCCCCGAACGAAAUAAAACAUCGUACGUCAGGCAUGUCAAACUCGUUUAAGCGUGCGGGCCGCAUUAAACAUUUUCUAUGACGUAGAGGGCCGCAGCC